UGAUCGAUUCCUUAAAUACGGAUUCAGAGGCGGCGAUCACUCCCUUUGCCCCCCUAAAAUACACCCUUGUUAGGAUAAUUAUUAUUAACUGCUAAAGUUAAGUUCAUUAUCAUUUGACACACCCACUCUUACAAUUCUAUUUUGACUGAUGCAACACUGCAGUCACAGAAUUGCACUAAUUGUGUACCUUCUAUAGAUAACUAUUUUAUUAUCGUGUGGUCUAGAUUAAUUAAAUAUGGAAUAGAUUAAGUUUAAAUUUAAUUUAAUUAAAAUUUUAUUUAAUCUAUUCUGUGCUUCAAUCUUUGUGAAUGAUAACAGCGAUAAGCUUUACGUUUUCCCAUUUUCCGUAAAUUAACUUUCGUUAAUAGUUCAUUCUAUUGUAAUUAACUUUCUAGCCCUGGGUUACUUGUUUUUUAUCAAACUUUUAGUUUUGGUUUUUUUUUAUAUUUCUUUUUAGUAUAAUUUAAUUGGAAAGAGUAUUGUGAAGUAUGUCUGGUAGUAAUAAUAAAAGCAUAAUCUUCUACAAUGGUUUUCGUGAAAAAUCAUACUGUGGUUACUGCAAGAAAGGCAAAACUAGUUGUAGUCACGGUAUGUGGGCUUCUCGUCUUUCGGUACAAGCAUAUCAAGAUAUGAUAGAUCGUGGGUGGCGACGUAGUGGCAAGUACUGUUAUAAAGCAUCAAUGGAUAAGACUUGUUGCCCUUUGUAUACUAUAAGAUGUGAAGCUUUGAAUUUUGAACUAUCAAAAUCUCAGAAAAAGAUUAUUAAAAAAGUAACUAAAUUUUUAAAAUGUGGAGAAUAUGAGACAAACACAUUUGAUAAUGAACAAGCAGAAAGAGAGCCUCUCAUGAAUUUUGAAACUCAUGAUAUUCAUAAUCAUGACGAUAAGAUGCAAGUUACUAGUACUGACACUGAUCAAUUAUAUGUUGAAGAACCAUGUUCAUCUGUUACUGGUUUACAAAAUAGUAGUACAUUAGUUACCGAUAAAGAAGUUAAAAAUACAGUUCUAUCUGUUAAUUUAAGUUGUGAACCUGAAACUACCAAAGAAAAUAAAAAAGUUAAACCUGGUGAAGGAGCUAAUCCAAAUUUGCCAAAGUGCAAAAAAAAAAAAUUACUACGUAUUGAGAAAAAGUUGGCCAAGAAUCCAAAUUCUGUUAUUACAACUUCAGUUCCACAGCAGAAAAGUUUGGAAGAUUUUAUUUCAGAGAAUGAUUUAGCAUCUAUUGAUGAAUCAAAAAAAUUAAGAAUAAAACUCUUAAAAUUGACACCAUCAAGCAAUUCUUUUGAGUCUGAAUAUGCAGUUUACAAAUUGUAUCAAACUGCUGUACAUGGUGAUUCAGUUGAUAAUUGUACAAGAGAACAAUUUAUUCGAUUCCUUGUCAAUUCACCUUUUAGAGCAGAAAAAGCAAAUCAUUCUGAUCAUCCAGGGUAUGGCUCAUUUCAUCAACAAUAUUGGCUUGGUGAUAAACUAAUUGCUGUUGGAGUAAUUGAUAUUUUACCAAAGUGUAUAUCAUCUGUAUAUUUAUUUUAUGAUCCUGACUAUCAUCAUUUGGUGUUAGGAACUUACAGUUCAUUAAGGGAAAUAUGUUUAGUAAGGAAAUUAUAUAGUAUGUCACCUGAUAUGAAGUAUUAUUAUAUGGGCUUUUAUAUACAUACAUGUGCAAAAAUGCGUUACAAAGCCAAAUUUCGACCAUCAUAUUUAUUAUGUCCACUUCGGUACACAUGGCAUGCAGUUGAAAGAUGCAUUCAAAAACUUGAUAACGAAAAAUAUUCAAUAUUUAAUGAGUCUGAUGAUGUGCAGGAUGAUGGAGAUACUUUGAGGAUAGAUAAUAUUCCAGUAUUGUAUUGUGGUACAUUGAUGACUUAUUCAAAAUACAAAACUAUUAACUACAAAGAAAAUCAAGAUGAACUAAUGACAGAAUAUAGUAUGUUAGUAGGACCUAAAUUGGUUAGACAAUUAAUUUAUUGCUUUUUGGAUUAAUUAGUCAUACAU